GGGCUAGAAACCAAAUCGAAGGAAACAUUUCUGCUGCAAAGUUUUUGUUUGAAACAUUGUUGUCAUACGCUGACUGGUACCCCUGCACGAUUCAAGUCUUUAGGGAUUCUCAGGUUAAACUUUCACAUGUGGCUGAUGAAAUGGAAAGCAUAAAAGAUUUGUUUAUAAAUUACUACAAAAAAGAAAAGGGAGAACAUGAUGAGGAACUUCAAAAUAUCAAUACGGAUGAAACUCAUGUUUUAUGCCAGUUGACAGAAACGAGGCUAAAAGUAAAAAAUGAUCUAUUGCAAAAGCAAGUUAUUGAACGUGAAAAGACUAGCAUGGAGUUGACUGAAGGCCCAAAGUUUAACCUAAAUGAAAUUGACAUAUUACAGGAACACAUCAGAGAAAGAAGCAGCCUAAAAGGUACUGCUUCGACUUUGGACAGUCCAUUGUAUCAAGAAAAUGUGCAUCCUAAUACCAGUACUGACGAUGGUUUGGAUUUGGUGAAGCGUUCAAAGGUCUGUAGAAAAAACCCAGAUCACAAUGGUUUCGUGCCUCUGAAAGAUUUAAAUGACAAUUGUCUGCACUUACACUACGAUGUAAAUAACCUGAUACUCCAGACAAUAAAAAUUCUGGCAGCUUUAACUGUCAUGGUGCAGACUAAAUUCACCAGCCCACGAAGACCGAAGUUUUACCCAGGUUCUAAAGAGCCAUAUCCAUAUUAUAACGACAGAAGAAGCUGUGGAACAAGGAUAGGGACAGGCAAGGUUUGGGAAGUGAAUAAGUACACUGAAAGGGACGGAAAGGGAAGGUGCCGUUGUAUCACGUGUCAAGUCUCUGCCGCGCCAAGCUUAGUGUGGGGAGAGAUUCGUGUUGACACAGCCAACUGUGUUGUGUUUGAUGACAGCGAGGCGAGACACACUACAUGUGUUUUAGGCUACGAUGACAUUGAAAGUCCAGUUGUUAGUCUUGACGGUUGGGAGGUGUGCGGGGCAGAGAUUGAGGGGGAUUUUUGUGAGUUGAGACACGUGACGUGUAACCUAGAGUUCAUUAAUAAACUGGAAAAGAUGUGCGUGCGCUUUAAUGAACUGUCUACGGAGGUAAACGUCAAAUACAGGAGAUUUUUAAGCAUGGAAAAGUUGAUUGUUAUAGUAUCCCAUCCCCAUGGCAAUCCUAAACAAGUCUCAAUUGGAAAAUGGACACAUAAACGAGACUUGGACUAUGGGCUCACAAGGUAUUGGUACACAGCAGCUACAUGUCCAGGAAGUGCUGGAGCUUAUGUGUACAGGCCAGGAUUUAGGUCGUUGUCUGAUCGUCAUGUACACAGCGGAACAAAAUCUGGACUCAACUACAGUGGAGGAGAGCUAUAA